UGGCCUUCCUCGUUGAUUUGUGUAGGUCUAUCUUGAUACUUCUAUGCUCUUUGGCGUUCAUGACCGUAAUAGAGCUAAAUGCUGGGUCGAUACUGUCAUCUAGUGGCCGCUGUGGAAACACUUAGUAUCAGCUUACGUUCUGAUCUAUUAAUAGUCAGUGCUGAACUUGUGCAACAAUCUUGUGACUGUGGCCACCACGGAAGGGCAUUUAAUUUGGAAAUCGCUUCAUAAUAGUUUAAUUUCAAAGGGAAAUGAACCUGAUUCUGGCUGUGAAAGUAUUUAGUUGACCUCUGCUUGGACUCCUGUCACUCACAGCUGUUCCAUUAAAGGGCCCCAUGUCAAAGGACACAUUUCCAUUUACCUCUACUUCACUGCGCUCUCUGAGACUGGAGCAGGCGUUUCAGGAAUGGGAGGAUGCACGGCGAGCACUGGCUCACAGGAGAGCCAUGACUAGAGCUCCUUUGCCUCGGGCCCCGAGGCCUCCUCCCCGUCAGCAACGGCUCCAGGAAGUCAGGGCCCCUCCGCCCCAGGUGAGGUGCAGAGACGCUGCCGUCCACAACACUUUCAUGUGCGGGGACAUGAAAGGAGUGUAUGCAGUGCUGAAGGACCCUGCUAUGGUCAAUGCCCUGAUGGAGACAGUGCAUGAGGAGAUGGUGUGGGCUCCAGAGAUGGGCAUGUGGACCAUGAGCUCCACGGUGAAACAGACCUCAGCCUUACGUCUGGCUGCCAGCAGAGGACACACAGCAUGUGUGGAGGAGCUGCUGUUUCGUGGGGCGGAGGUGAACGCUGACCCUGGAGGCAAUACAGCCCUCCACGAUGCCUGCAUAGGUGGCCAUUCUAUUUGUGUCCAGCUGCUGCUCUCUCAUGGAGCAGAGCCUGAUCUGUUGGCUGCAGAUGGCAGUGCCCCUCUUCACCUCUGUACCUCUGCCCAGUCAUUCCACUGUGCUGAGCUGCUUUUAGAAGGAGGUGCAGAGGUCAACGUGAGGACCAAUGAGUCGAGACUCACACCUCUGCAUGUGGCUGCUCGGCGAGGCCUCGAAGAGCACGUCGAGCUCUUUCUUAGCCACGGAGCUGAUGUGUUAGCCACAAAUCGAGAGGGCGAGACCCCUCUGAACGCUGCAUGCUCUGGAGCCGAGAGACCAUCUGAGGCCGGACGCUACCUUCGUGUAAUUCAGAAGCUUCUGGACGCUGGAGCCAGUGCUCGAACUGCAGGGAGGAAGCAGCACACUCCACUGCACAACGCCUGUGCAAACUGCUGCCCCAGGAUUGUAGACCUCCUCCUGCAGCAUGGGGCCAAGGCUGAUGUCACCAACUGUGCAGGAUACACAGCCAUGGACUGUUUGCUGCAGGUGGUAGAAGAUUUCCCGGACCAGCAACCUGAAGCAAUUGCACGAUCACUUCUGAACCACGGAGCUAAGCCUGUUUCACCAAAGAUGCUGAAGCAGUGUGUCCUCUCCCCGGCCACUGUCGAGGUGCUGCUGAACUCGUACCCCCACCUCCCGCCCUGUGAAUGGAUGGAUGCUGUGUCUGCUGAGAUAUAUGAGGACCAUCGGUCUUUCUUCCAGCUGGUGCGUCAGCGAAGUGCUCAGCCUCGGUCUCUGCAGCAUCUCUGUCGGUGUGCUUUACGUCAGCAUUUAGGAGCCCAGUGUCACUCAGUAGUCAGCAAACUUGACAUUCCCAGCUGUGUGAGGGAUUAUUUGCUGCUAUGUAAUGAUGGCACGCUCUUCUGACUGUAAAUAUUGUGUAUCCUGCCUCAUUGGAAACUUAUGUUAUUUUAGAUUUCAGGGGUUUUCAGGUGGUGACCCUCAGAUACACAUGAUAGAAAUGAGCGUGUUACUCGACUUUACAAAAAUAGUUGCACUGAAGAACACAAAUGUAUGUAAAUUAGAUUUAAAUGACAUGUCUGUGAUACUAUUUUAAACUAACAAUUGUUGUUUGUGAAAUUCAGACACAUUUAAUGGUUUUAUUUGUUCAUGGGGAAGAGAAUAACCAAGAAAACGUUCAGAUGAAGUUAUAAGAAGUUUUGGCUAUUUACUGUUGAUUUGGAUUAGUUGGUGCUAUAUGUGUAUACGAAAUGCUCAUGGAAGAAGGAGGAGCUGCAGACGGUUGGCGUGACAGAGAAGUCGAUGAAAAGAAGCUCCUGGUGCAGUUUUUCUCCUGAUGUUAAUGUUA